CAUCCACUGUUGCUGAAGAGAAAUCUGUCAAUCUGAUUCUUGUUCCUUUGGUAAUGCUGGCCUCAUAGAAUGAGUUGGGAAGUAUUGCAUCCUUUUCUGUGUUUUGGAGGCAUUUGAGGAUUGGUGUUAAUUCUUCUAUAAAUAUUUGGUAGAAUUAACCGGUGAAGCCAUCUGGUCCUGGGCUUUUCUUUGGGGUUCUGCAUCUGGGGAUUCAAUCAACUGCUGGUGGAAAAUAUUUAACAAAAAUAUUACAUUGUUGCUGACCUGUGCUAUGCAGUUAGACCUACCAUGGUUGGAUCUGUACUGAACAUGUCAAAUUAAUAUAAUUAAACAAUAUAAUCAUCAUGCCCAAGGGAUUUUUGGAGGAACUCCAGUUGUUUACAGUUAGAAGAGAAUCUGAGGGAAGAUAAUAGCAAUCUUCAAAUAUUUGAAGGUCCCAAUAGAAGAGGAAUUGAACGUAUGAGAAUAAGAGCAAGAACCAGGGAGGAGGGCAGAUUUCCAUUUUGUGUAAAGGUAGCUUUCUAAUAAUUAGAACUUUGGAAGUACCAAAAGAAUUGGUGGAGCUCCAUUUGAAGUUGAUGAGGAAGAUUGGCAAAUCCGUUACAGCAGACAGAUGGGAAAAAUAUUUGAUCAAGAUAUGCCAAGAGUUUAAUAGCACCUGGGCAUGGGAGAUGGAGAAGAAAGGCUAUCUCGAAAUGAGUGUUGAAUGCAAACUAGCACUCCUAAAGUACCUCUGUGAGUGUCAGUUUGAUGACAAUCUCAAAUUCAAGAAUAUUAUCAAUGAGGAGGAUGCCGAUACCAUGCGUCUCCAGCCAAUUGGUCGAGACAAAGAUGGCCUCAUGUACUGGUACCAAUUGGAUCAAGAUCACAAUGUCAGAAUGUACAUAGAAGAACAAGAUGAUCAAGAUGGCUCGUCAUGGAAAUGUAUUGUCAGAAAUCGAAACGAAUUGGCUGAGACUCUUGCACUCCUAAAAGCACAAAUUGAUCCUGGACUGUUGAAAAACUCUAGCCAACAGGACACCUCUUCCCGGGAUAGUCCCAGCUUUGAAGAGGAGGAGACUAAAAAGGAGGAAGAAACACCUAAACAAGAGGCACAGAAAGAAACUGAAAAGAGGAAAAGUGAAGAGCAGCCAGUAGAUUCAGAAAAUCGUUCUAUACCCAGUGCUCUGGAAAAAACGACCGUGAAAAUAGAAAAAGAAGAUGAAAAGGAGCUUGUGAAGCUGCCAGUGAUAGUAAAGCUAGAAAAACCCUUGCUGGAAAGUGAGGAAAAGAAGAUUAUCAAAGAAGAAAGUGAUUCCUUCAAGGAAAAUGUAAAACCCAUUAAAGUCGAAGUGAAGGAGUGCAGAGCAGACCCUAAAGAUAUCAAAGGAAGCAUGGAGAAGCUAGAGGCUGAGAGGCUAGAGUUUGGUGGCAAUGUUAAAUCUCAAGAAAUCACUGAGAAGUCUACUGAAGAAACCGAGAAACUUAAAAAUGACCAGCAGGCCAAGAUACCACUAAAAAAACGGGAAAUUAAACUGAGUGAUGAUUUUGACAGUCCAAUCAAAGGACCUUUGUGUAAAUCAGUUACCCCAACAAAAGAGUUUUUGAAAGAUGAAAUAAAACAAGAGGAAGAGACUUGUAAAAGGAUCUCUACAAUCACUACAUUGGGUCAUGAAGGGAAACAGCUGGUAAAUGGAGAAGUUGGUGAUGAAAAGGUAACUCCAAAUUUUAAGACAGAACAGAUGGAGACAAAAUUUUAUGAUACAAAGGACGAUAGCUGUAGUCCCUCUAAGGAUAAAAGUGUCAUCGUGGAGGGAAAUGGAGCAGAGUCCUUAAAUUCUGUAAUAACAAGUAUAAAAAUAGGUGAUCUUGAGAAAGAAGUGGUCCCUUUAGGGAAAGAUACAGAAAGUUCAAUAUCAGAUGUAGAGACCCAGAAUCAAAAAGAACAGAUAGAGGAAACUGGUCCUCCAGAAAUAGAAACCUCUCUCGAGGCUUCUGAGAUGGCAAAGGAUCUCUCUUUAAAAACUACUUUAUCUACUGCUGAAUCCCAUACCAUGAAAGUUGAAGAGAAGUCUCCCAAAAGUAAGAAGGAUAAGCGCCCACCAGGCCUAGAAUGUCUUGAAAAGUUAGAGAAGUCCAAAAAGACUUUUCUUGAUAAGGACAUGCAAAGAUUGAGUCCAAUACCAGAGGAGGUUCCAAAGAGUACUCUAGAAUCAGUAAAGCAAGUCUCUCCCGAGGCAGCUGAAACUGCUUCAUCGUCUAACAUGGCUGGCCAUUGUGAGAAACCAGCCUCAGAAAAAGAAAUGAUAGAGUGUCAGAGCACAAGUUCUGUUGAAGGUCAGUCCUUGGAAAAAACAGACCCAGAAGCUCUAAAAGAGGAUUCUGAAUCCAUGAAGGUAGAAAUGGAUAACCCGGACAAUGCCCAGACCUCUGGUGCAGAGGACUCUUCUGAGACAAAAGGCUCUAUGCAAAAAAGCAAAUUUAAAUAUAAAUUGAUUCCUGACGAAGAAACCACUGGCACAGAAAACACAGAGAUAACCUCUGAAAGGCAAAAAGAGGGCAUCAAAUUAACAAUUAGGAUAUCCAGCCGGAAGAAAAAGCCAGAGUCUCCUCAAAUUCUAGAAUCAGAAACCAAGCAAGACAAGUCAGAAAAGGAAGAAGAGAAAACAAACGUGGGUCGUACUUUAAGGAGGUCUCCAAGAAUAUCUAGACCCACAGCAAAAGUGGCUGAGAUCAGAGAUCAGAAAGCUGAUAAAAAAAGAGGGGAAGGAGAAGAUGAAGUGGAAGAGGAGUCAACAGCUUUGCAAAAAACAGACAAAAAGGAAAAUUUGAAAAAAAUGGAGAAAGAUACAAAUUCUAAAGUAAGCAAGGUAAAAACCAAAGGCAAAGUUCGAUGGACUGGUUCUCGAACACGUGGCAGGUGGAAAUAUUCCAGCAAUGAUGAAAGUGAAGGAACUGACAGUGAAAAAUCAUCUGCAGCUUCAGAAGAGGAGGAAGAAAAGGAGAGUGAAGAAGCCGUCCUAGCAGAUGAUGAUGAACCAUGCAAAAAAUGUGGCCUUCCAAACCAUCCUGAGCUAAAAGCAGUGUGGUGUGAUGGGAAAAGCAUGGACCAGACAGACUUUGCAGCAGAUCCUGCUUCCACCACUUAUCAGAUUCUUCUGUGCGACUCUUGUGACAGUGGCUACCACACAGCCUGCCUUCGCCCUCCUCUGAUGAUCAUCCCAGAUGGAGAAUGGUUCUGCCCCCCUUGCCAACAUAAACUACUGUGUGAGAAAUUAGAGGAACAAUUGCAGGAUUUGGAUGUUGCCUUAAAGAAGAAAGAGCGUGCUGAACGCAGAAAAGAACGCUUGGUGUACGUGGGUAUCAGUAUUGAAAACAUCAUUCCUCCACAAGAGCCAGAUUUUUCUGAAGAUCAUGAAGAAAAGAAAAAAGAUCCCAAAAAAUCCAAAGCAAACUUGCUUGAAAGAAGAUCAACAAGAACACGGAAAUGUAUAAGUUAUAGAUUUGAUGAGUUUGAUGAAGCAAUUGAUGAAGCUAUAGAAGAUGAUAUCAAAGAGGCUGAUGGAGGAGGAGUUGGCCGAGGAAAAGAUAUCUCUACCAUCACGGGUCACCGUGGGAAAGACAUCUCUACUAUUUUGGAUGAAGAAAGAAAAGAAAAUAAACGACCCCAGAGGGCUGCUGCUGCUCGACGGAAGAAACGCCGGCGAUUAAAUGAUCUGGACAGUGACAGCAACCUGGAUGAAGAAGAGAGUGAGGAUGAAUUCAAGAUCAGUGAUGGAUCUCAAGAUGAGUUUGUUGUAUCUGAUGAAAACCCAGAUGAAAGUGAAGAAGACCCACCAUCUAAUGACGACAGUGACACUGAUUUCUGUAGCCGAAGACUAAGGCGACAUCCCUCCCGGCCAAUGAGGCAAAGCAGGCGAUUGCGGAGAAAAACCCCAAAGAAAAAGUAUUCCGAUGAUGAUGAAGAGGAAGAGUCUGAAGAAAAUAGUAGAGACUCUGAAAGUGAUUUGAGCGAUGACUUCAGUGAUGAUUAUGUAGAAACUCGGCGAAGGCGGUCAAGGAGGAACCAGAAGAGACAAAUUAACUACAAAGAAGAUUCAGAGAGUGAUGGUUCCCAGAAGAGUCUACGGCGUGGUAAAGAAAUCAGACGAGUUCACAAACGCAGGCUUUCCAGCUCAGAGAGCGAAGAGAGCUAUAUGUCCAAGAACUCUGAAGAUGAGGAGCUAGCUAAAGAAUCAAAGCGGUCAGUUCGAAAGCGGGGUCGAAGCACAGAUGAGUAUUCAGAAGCAGAUGAGGAGGAAGAGGAAGGCAAACCAUCCCGAAAAAGGCUACACCGGAUCGAGACAGAUGAGGAGGAGAAUUGUGACAAUGUUCAUGGAGAUGCAGAUCAGCCUGUCUGCGACAGCCAGCCCAGGGUCCUGCCCUCAGAACAGGAGAGCACCAAGAAGCCCUAUCGGAUAGACAGUGAUGAGGAAGAGGACUUUGAAAAUGUAGGCAAGGUGGGGAGCCCAUUGGACUAUAGCUUAGUGGACUUACCUUCCACCAAUGGACAGAGUCCUGGCAAAGCCAUUGAGAACUUGAUGGGCAAGCCAGCUGAAAAGCCUCAGACCCCCAAGGACAAUAGCACAUCCAGUGCAAGCCUGGCCCCCAAUGGGACAAGUGGAGGGCAGGAGGCAGGGGCACCAGAAGAAGACGAAGAUGAGCUUUUGAGAGUGACUGACCUUGUUGAUUAUGUCUGUAACAGUGAACAGUUAUAAGACUUUUUUUCCAUUUUUGUGCUAAUUUAUUCCACGGUAGCUCUCACACCAGCGGGCCAGUUAUUAAAAGCGGUUUUAUUUUUCCUAGAAAACUCCACAGCAGAAUGACUUUUUAGAAGAAGAAUUUCAACAAACCCUGAAGUCUUUCUGUGAAGUGACCAGUUUUGAACUUUGAAGAUAAAUAAUUGCUGUAAAUUCCUUUUGAUUUUCUUUUUCCAAGUUCAUGGUCCUUGGUAAUUUCAUUCAUGGAAAAAAAAAAUCUUAUUAUAAUAACAACAAAGAUUUGUAUAUUUUUGACUUUAUAUUUCCUGAGCUCUCCUGACUUUGUGAAAAAGGGUGGAUAAAAAUGCAUUCCGAAUCUGCAAGGGCCCAAAACAGAAUUAGGGGUGGGAGAAAGCACUUGUGCUUUAGCUUUUUCAUAUUAAAUAUAUAUUUAAAAAUUCAUGGCAUAGAUGAUGAUUAACACACUGUUUAAAAGUUCAAGUCUGUAUUGUUGCAGUUUGAGAAUUGUAGAUAACAUCAUACAUAAGUCAUUUAGUACAGCAUUCAUGAGAUCAACUUGUUUACUAUUGGAGAUAACCACACUUAAAGAAGAGACCGAGACAGUACCAUCGUUUAAAAAAACUCUUAAGUUUGUUAUAGCGGAGUUUCUUGUUUUAAAAAAAUCAUCUGAAAAGUAUUUGUACAGUAAAAUGUAUAAUGAAGCUUUGACAACCAGAUUGUGCUAGCAACAAAUUUUUUUAAACAGCUUUAUGCAGUGAUGAUGAGGUGGCCUCUAAUGUACUAUCAUGGAGAGUUAUUAUUGAAAUGAGUGUGGUCUUCUUUAAGGCCCAGGUGGACUGUAAACUGCAAAUAAUGUAAUUCUUGUCUUCUGGCCACUUAUUUAAAUAUGUGAAAUACCAUUUUGAAACAAAUACAUCUAUACAUAACAUACAUGAAGAGAUGCUAAGCUAACAGUGGUAUUUUAUUUAGCACAUUUGAAGAAGGGGAAAGGAUUUUCAGGUGAAUUUUAACUGGUCUAUUCUUGCCCUUAGUAUCUACUUCAAAUUGAAGUCUACAAACAAAGCAGUUCCUUUGGGAGAUUUUUAGUUUGAGUUUUAGCAUGUGUGUGUGUGUGAGAGAGUGUGUGUGGGUGUGUGUAUAUAUGUGUGUGUUGGAAUUUCUUAUCUGCCUGAAUAUAUUAGCAGGGUUUGAAUGUAGUUUUGGCCUUUGGCCAUUAGACUUCUAUUAAAAUUCAUUAACAGUCACAUGACCAACAUAGAGUUGAUUGAGAACCGCCAAUGUACUUAAUAGGCAUGGUAUCCAUUGCAAAUAUCUCAACACUUAAAAAACAAACAAGCAAACAAAAAAACCACAUUAAGCCCUUUGUUUCAAGAAAAGGGGUUUGUAACUAAAUAUCUAACAUGUAAUUGACACUAAAAUAUGAGCUUUGUCUUAGUUUCUGUUACAGCUGUAAAAUUUCAGGCAGAGCCAUAAAUAACAUUGUACAAAGUGUAGCACUUGUGAUUAAACCUUGCCUGUCAAAUUCUGAAACCUUCAGCCAUUACUUACUUCUGUGAAUACUUUUGCCCUGGGAUUUGGGUUUUUCUGUUCCAGUGUUGUGUCUGUUGCCGGCAAUGGACACACCACAUCUGCUGCUGGCCCAAGGAACUUCAUUAAUUUUUCUUUCCAAAUUAAGCAUUAUAUGUGCUAGUCAGUGUAUAGUAAAGCACUUCUCUUUUUUAUUAUUAAAAAGCUGGCAUUAGAUUUGCAUUAUAAAUACCUCUCUAGAAACUUUAUACUCCUUUUCCUUCCUCAACAGGUGUUGCCCUUAAAUCUUAU